UCACCUCUGCGGAGCCGCCCCAGAGUCUAAUGAAGUUAACAAGUAGCUGCCAUGCGUCAAAAACACUAAAUGCCAAUAAUAUGGAGACGUUAAUCGAAUGUCAGUCAGAGGGAGAUAUCAAGAAACAUCCUCUGUUGGCAUCAUGUGAGAGUGAAGAGAGUAUUUGCCAGCUAAUUGAAAUUAAAAAGAGAAAGAAGGUGCUGUCCUGGCCUUUUCUGAUGAGGAGACUCCCACAACUGAAAGCAUCUCUGUUUGACCAGCCCUUGUCUGUUCUCUGUGAUGAUGAUACACUCCCCAGGCCCAUCCAGGAUAUUCUCACUAUUCUGUGCCUUAAGGGCCCUUCCACUGAAGGGAUAUUCAGAAAAGCAGCCAACGAGAAAGCCCGUAAAGAACUAAAGGAAGAGCUCAAUGCAGGAGGCACAGUAGAUCUGAAAAGUCUUCCCGUGCACCUGCUGGCUGCUGUCCUCAAGGACUUCCUGAGGGGCAUCCCCCAGAGGCUGCUCUCCUGUGACCUGUUCGAGGAGUGGAUGGACGCCCUGCAGAAGCACAGCGAGGAUGACAGGAUCGAGGCCCUGAAGCAGGUUGCGGACCAGCUGCCCCGGCCCAACCUCCUGCUGCUCAGGCCCCUGCUCUUGGUGCUGUACUUGGUCAGCAAGAACUCCGAGACCAGCAAGAUGGACGCCAGCAACCUGGCCAUCUGUGUGGGGCCCAGCAUGCUGACCCGCCGCGAUGCCCAGAGCCUGUCCUUCAAGGCCCAGAUGGUCCUGAACGACGAGGUUAAGGCGCUGGUAGAAUUCCUCAUCGAUAACUGCCUUGAAAUAUUUGGGGAUAACCUUCCGGCACACUCCAGCAUCGCCUCUGACGACUCCCUGGAACACACCGACAGUUCAGAUGUGUCCACCCUGCAGAACGACUCAGCCUACGACAGCAACGACCCCGAUGCGGAGGUCAUCUCCCCCAGCAGGGAGCCCCAGGAGGCCGGGGAGCCCCAGGGCCUACCGCAGAUGUGGGAGCUGAGCCCGGAGCCCGCGGCCAGUGCAGCGACCCAGCUCAGGCACGACCUCAGCCCCCCAGACAGGACCUACUCCGAGCCCAGCGUGUGGUCCCCCCUGGAGUGUCUGGAGGGUAGGGACCCGGCCCCCACGCUCCCCAGCAGCGAGGCUGACCCCACCGUGGCCCCAGCAGGCUCUGGGUCUAAAAGCGAAGAAGCGGAAGACCCUUUCCCGGAGGAUGUGUUUCCUGCCAGCGACGGCAGACCCCAGGGGCCACCCGGCCUGAGAGGCAAGACUGUGACUCAGGGACCGGGGUCCCCCUGCGGCCUGGCGCCCAAAGGCCCCUGCAGCAGUUCUCUGGACACCUCUUCUGAAAGCUCGCCCUUGCCUUCUCCUUCCAGUCCCAGAAGGACUCUCUUCUCCCGACACCGGUCCUUCACCAAGGGCGAGAAGAGUAAGCCCAACAGAGAAAUCAAGAAACACUCCAUGUCGUUCUCCUUUGCCCCUCACAAGAGAGGGCUGGCCAAGACCCCCAGCCUUGGCUCUGUGAAAUCCAAAGGCUUCUCAGGGGAUCAGGUCAGCAGGGUUCUCAAAAGGGAAAGCCAGCUGGCUGGCAGGGUCAUUCAGGAAGGACCUGAGAGCUACAGCCACCCAGGUCUGGACUUCAGCCCCAGGCCCUGCGCCCUCUCCACAGAGGACGUCUUCCGGCUGGUGGAUGAGAGGAACCCUGGAAGCCCCCCCUCUUACCAGGAGGCCAUCCGGUGCCAGGCCCCCGAGCUCACAGCUUGCGGGGGCCAGACCGUGGACAGCAUGCGAGCCAGGAUGCUCAGCCUGGACGCCAGGCCAUCGCCAGCUCUACCCAGUCUCCCCGGAGGGGCAUCAAGGACUCUGUGCGGGCAGGAGCCACUUGGCGGGCCUGGGGCUGAGAGCUGGGAACAGCGGGGGGCCGUCUGUGCGUCCGCGGACCCCACGGGUCAGGCAGCUGUCACAGGGAGGCCUGAACUGCACCGGCUCAGAGCCCUGUCCGAGUCCAGACAGAAGAAUAAGCAGGACGACCUGGUGCGGACCUGCAGUCAGCCCAUCUUUGAGGCCCACCAGCUCCUGUGUGCCAGAGAAUCCUAUAUCUAGGGCACCGCCCGCCUCACAGCGCAGAGAACAACCUCUAGACUGCUUUCCAGAAAGUCGAGAAUAAGCUCCUUCAGAAGAGUGCUGAGCCCUCAGCAGAGGCGGCGACAGACCCAGCGGUGCUCAGGUGGAAGCUGCACCGAGCCCGCACCUGUGGCAGGUGUCAGCAGGUGUCCCCGGCAGGUGCCACGUGCUGCGUCUCCAGCUGUGUACAGACUGGGGACUUGUAAAUGACCUUGCUGUUCUCUGCCUCUUGCUGAGCACUUUUCUGUUCGUUGGUGUUUACAGAAUUUUUUCUUUUGCUGUUGCCUCAAGUGUCAUGCCAAUUUUCCACAAACUUUGUUCAGGAGAAAAUGUUUAAAUGUCUGUUCAAAGUGUCCCCUAAUAAGCAGGGUUGUGAUGCCCAAUCACCACAGUCAGAAGAAAGAUUGCACAGAAGAGAGAUCAGAGUUUGGGGUCAUAAGAAGCAUGACAAGCUCUGUUGUUUGAAUUUGCAGAAAUGCUUCAAUAUGUCCUUUUAAUCUAACUUUAAAUUGGACUAGAUUGGUGAAAAAUGCAUUUCAUCAUUACAGCACUUUGAGAUUCCUUGUAGUCUAGCACUGUCUCCUCCACACGAGGGG